CGAGCCUCCGGCGCUCGACUGCUGGUGUCUGGCGGAGGCAGCAUGGCGGCGGGGGCGGCUGAGGCAGCCGAGGCAGCCGUGGCAGUGGUGGAAGUCGUCUCUGCCCAGCAAUUUGAAGAGCUAUUGCGCCUCAAAACCAAGUCACUCCUUGUGGUCCAUUUCUGGGCGCCAUGGGCCCCACAGUGUGCGCAGAUGAACGAUGUCAUGGCAGAGUUAGCUAAAGAACACCCUCGCGUUUCAUUUGUGAAGCUGGAAGCCGAAGCUGUUCCUGAAGUAUCUGAAAAAUAUGAAAUUAGCUCUGUUCCCACCUUCCUGUUCUUCAAGAAUUCUCAGAAAGUCGACCGGUUAGAUGGUGCACAUGCCCCAGAGUUGACCAAAAAAGUCCAGCGACACGUGUCUAGCGGAGCCUUUCCUCCUAGUACUAAUGAGCACCUUAAAGAAGAUCUCAACAUUCGCCUGAAAAAGCUGACUCACGCUGCCCCCUGCAUGCUGUUCAUGAAGGGAACACCUCAAGAACCACGCUGUGGUUUCAGCAAGCAGAUGGUGGAAAUCCUUCACAAACACAAUAUUCAGUUCAGCAGUUUUGAUAUCUUCUCAGAUGAAGAAGUUCGACAGGGCCUCAAAACUUAUUCUAAUUGGCCCACCUACCCUCAGCUCUAUGUUUCUGGGGAGCUAAUAGGAGGACUUGACAUAAUUAAGGAGCUGGAAGCAUCAGAAGAGCUAGAUACAAUUUGUCCCAAAGCACCCAAGUUAGAGGAACGGCUCAAAGUGCUGACCAAUAAAGCUUCUGUGAUGCUCUUUAUGAAAGGAAACAAACAGGAAGCAAAAUGUGGAUUUAGCAAACAAAUUCUGGAAAUACUGAAUAGUACUGGGGUUGAAUAUGAAACUUUUGAUAUACUGGAAGAUGAAGAAGUGCGCCAGGGAUUAAAAACGUUCUCAAAUUGGCCAACCUACCCUCAGCUGUAUGUGAGAGGGGAUCUUGUUGGAGGAUUGGACAUCGUCAAGGAACUGAAAGACAACGGUGAAUUGCUGCCUAUACUGAAAGGAGAAAAUUAGUGAGCAUGGAGCAUGGUGUCCAAGGACUGCAAGAAGUAUUUGAUUACCGUGGAACAACUGACAACUGGUCCUGACAGUGGACAAAGAGUAGAAAUCCCACACACUCAGCUGUGCUCAAUGUGCUUCACGAAGCUGUGCUGAAGAAACAUGUUACAUUUUCCAAGAAACAGAGAAGUCAAUAAACUCUUCAGAGUCAGCUAACAAUGA